CGUCACUUAAUUGACGCGAAACUUUCCAACCAAACUCGCUUCUAAUUAAGCCACAUAUUUUCUCUUUCUUUUGUACAAAAGAAAUACGCGAACUUUUAUUUCAAAUCCAAACUCAUUGCACUAGAUUGAUCCGAGUUUACAGUAAAGUAAUAUUUCUAAUCGUCAUUUCUUGUUAAAAUCAGAGAUCGAAUUUCUAUACCUUGAUUAAGGUAUCGGAAUAUAGAAUCACUUGUCCAACGACUUCUGAUUUUUACUCUUUGAUGUCGUAUUUGAAUUCUUUCAUACUUUCUUUCAUUGUUUUCAAUUUCUUAGUCCUUUGUCCUUCUUGUUUUUCUUUAUUUCCUUUCUUGAAAAUUUACUUUGUGGCCUAUAACAUUUGAGCAUGCUGAAUUGAUUAUGUGGCCUACAAUGAUGUAUUAUUUGAUUAGAUCCCACGAAGAAAAGCUUCAGUUCUCAAUUCAGAUCUGCAUCUGUGCUGUUCGAUGAAAGGUCAAACUGAAGUUGAAUCAAACUCACCAACUGCUACUCCUUAAGAGGGAAGAGUUAAACACAGUUCCACCCACCAUACUUGAAAAUCAAUGGCUGAAAUGAAGAAGAAAGCAGGGUUGAUCUUCUUUCCCGUACCUGGGAUUGGCCACUUAGCUUCAUCCCUCGAAUUAGCACAACUUUUGAUCAACCAUCAUGACGAUCUUUCAAUCACAAUCAUCUGCAUGAAGCUCCCUCAUGCUCCCUAUUCAGAUGCAUACAUCAGAUCAAUUACAGCUUCACAACCACAAAUCCAAGCCAUCGAUCUCCCUCACGUAGAACCCCCUCCACAGGAACUACUAAAGAGAUCAAUACCACACUACAUAUGGACCCUCUUGCAGAUCCUCAAGCCCCACUUCAAAGCCACAGUACAAAACAUUUUAUCAUCAUCUCAGUCAAAUCCCGUUAUUGGGUUGGUCCUAGAUGUUUUCUGUUCACCCAUGAUUGAUGUGGGAAACGACCUAGGCAUCCCUUCUUAUUUGUUCAUGCCCUCAAAUGUUGGGUUUUUGAGUCUCAUGCUUUCCCUUCAGAAACGUCAAGUUGGUGAUGUGUUCUGUGAUUCUGAUUCAAAAUGGUUGAUUCCGGGUUUUCCUGAUCCAUUUCCUUCUAGUGUUAUGCCUGAUGCUCUUUUUAACAAAGAGGGUGGAUAUGCUGCUUAUUAUAAUCUUGCUCUGAGGUUCCAGGAUUCCAAAGGGAUCAUUGUUAAUACUUUUUCAGAGUUGGAGCAGUAUGCUAUUGAUGCAUUAUGUGAUGGUCAAAUUCAAACACCUAUCUAUGCUGUUGGUCCAGUGAUUAAUCUCAAGGGUCAUCCUAACCCAAAUUUGGAUCAUGCACAACAUGACAAAAUAUUGAAAUGGCUAGAUGAGCAACCUGAUUCUUCAGUCGUUUUCCUUUGUUUUGGAAGUAGAGGAAGUUUUGAUCCACCUCAAACAAGAGAAAUAGCACAAGCACUUCAGAGUAGUGGAGUUAGGUUCUUGUGGAUUAUGCGUUCUCCACCAACCAGAACAGAAAAUGAGGAGAGAAUGUUACCAGAAGGGUUUUUAGAGUGGACAGAAGGUAGGGGAAUGCUAUGUGAUUGGGCACCUCAAGUGGAGGUUCUGGCCCACAAAGCCAUAGGGGGGUUUGUGUCUCAUUGUGGAUGGAACUCUAUUUUAGAAAGCUUGUGGUUUGGAGUACCAAUAUUGACAUGGCCUAUUUAUGCAGAACAGCAGCUGAAUGCUUUUAGGAUGGUGAGGGAAUUUAGAUUGGCAGUGGAGCUAAGACUGGACUAUAGAAGGGGUAGUGAUCUUGUAAUGGCGGAGGAGAUUGAGAAAGGACUGAAACAACUAAUGGAUAGAGAUACUAUGGUACACAAGAAGGUGAAAGAAAUGCAAGAGAUGGCUAGGAAAGUUGUCCUCAAUGGCAGUUGAUUGCCCAAGGAAGGUCAUAAGUCGGUGUCAAAAGCUUUCUUAUUAUCAAAGGAAUGGGGAAUGUCAUAGGCAUAGCUUUGAGAUUGUUUCUGGAUUCAACCUCAUGAUCAACCAUUACUUGAGGCAUAAAAUUACAGCAAAAAAGGAUUUUCCAUCUUCAAAAUGUUUGGAGAACGUAAGUUGGAAAUUGAAAUUGCUGCUGCAGGUGGUGUAUCAUAGAUGUUGGUCUGCAAUUUGAUGUUAUGACAGGAAACAAUUGAUGACUGUUGUUGAAUUUCAAAGAUGAGGUUUCCCACUUUCUUUGAGUCAAUGAUGUGCUGUAAGCAAUUGAUUGCACAAGGAAGGUGAUCAUUUUAACUAACCAAUUAUUCAUGUGCAAGGGUUGUAAUUGUAAUAAUACUAUUUGCUGGCAUUUGAACUAAGGAAAGAAAUUGAAUGAUCUCA